AUGGGCCGCAUCGUGGUGACAGGCGGCUCUGGCAAAGUUGGCGGAACCGUCAUUGCCGUACUUCUCGAAGCCGGACACACAAUCCUGAACUUGGAUCUAAUGCCAAUGACCCAUCCCGCCGUACACACGCUUAAAACCGACCUCACCGAUAGCGGACAAGUCUUUAACGCGCUCUCCGGCCAAUGGUCCCUCACCGAACCCUUCCCCGAGGGUCUACCACCUCGUCCAGACGCCGUGAUCCAUCUCGCAGGCUACGCACGGAACAUGCAAGUACCAGACAACGAGACAUUUCGGGCCAAUACGCAGGGCACGUACAACAUCAUCGACGCCGCCUGCAAAUUAGGAGUUCGAAAGGUAAUCAUCGCCAGCAGCAUCACCGUAUACGGGAUCUCUUUCGCCCAGGGCGUCGUCGAUUACCCUUCUUUUCCGAUCGACGAGGACCAAGACGUUAAUCCGACGGAUGCAUAUGCGAUUGCGAAACUCUGCAAUGAGCGUAUCGCUCGUGGGUUUGCGACUCGUUACGGUACGGAUAUCUACAGUCUGCGCAUUGGACGCGUCAUCGGGCCGGACGAGUACAACCAGGAUAUCUUCUACAGCUACGUACAUGAGCCGAGUCAGUGGAAAGUGCAUGGCUGGUCGUAUACUGAUGUCCGUGAUCUGGGUGGGAUGUGUGAGGCUGCGUUGCGGACGAAUGGGUUGGGCUUUCAGGUUUUCAAUGCCACGAAUGAUACGAUGACGAAUCUGAUGCAUACGGAGGAAUUCUUGCGCGAGCAUUAUCCGCAGACACCGAUUACCCGUGGAAUGGAUAAAUUUGAGGCGCCGUUGAGCAAUGCGAAGAUUAAGCGGUUGUUGGGGUUCCAGGAGAAACAUCCGUGGCGUAAGUAUUUUACGCUUUGGGAUAAGAAACCGGUGGUGAGGGGGGAGAAUGGGGAUGUUUCGUGA